CAAAACUUUGAUUUUGUAUGGCAAAACAGCUAAAAUAUCCAUUUCUCAUAUUCAUUAUUAGUUUGGCUCAGUGCCAGGUUUCCAACCAAAAUGUGAACCUUUGCCAAUCAAACAUUUGUCAAAAUGGAGGGACAUGCCUUGUGGCAAGUAGUGUCCCCGCAACGGCGACUUGUCCCAAGAAUUCGAUUUAUUAUAUGGGAUCCUGCUACGUUUUCGAUACGACUUUGAGGAAUUGGAAUGAUGCAGCCCUCUACUGCAACAACAUGAACAGUGCCACACUUCCCCUCGUCGAAUCGGCUGAAGAUCAGGCGUUCUUUGCUGGUUACCUACAAGCCAUGAUUCCAUCUAAUCCACCAGCCGAUAUGCGACCCCCACCAGAUGGAAUUUGGACUGCUGUGCGUGGAGUUAACAAUGUGACGCGAGCCUCUUGGGUUUAUUAUCCCGGCUCUUUUUUGGUAACUGACACGUUUUGGGCGCCACAGGAGCCGAACAUUUAUGUGAAUUAUAAUGACGUCUGCGUAGCUCUCCAAUCCGACUCCUUCUACCGUGAAUGGACCACCGCCCUGUGCACCAUCCUAAAAUACACAGUAUGUAAAGUUGCUCCAACGCAGAUCCAAGCCAAAUACGUUGCUCAAUGCUCAUGCCCAAAUGGAUAUGGAGGUCAGACUUGUGAGACUCAAUCGACCACGAAUCAACAAGCAUCUACCCAAAGAACAUGUGGAAGCAAUGAUUUCCAAUUUUCAUGUCCGAACGAUCAAACGAUUACUGUAGAUUUUGCGUCAUUUGGUGCACAGGAAAGUUCAAUGUGUAACCAGGCGAGCCAAUCGAGAGAACAAACUUGCUCAAAUGUCAACUCACUUCAAACAGUUAUCAAUGCAUGCCAAGGCCUCCAAUCUUGUGAAAUCCGAAAUUUAACGAGCACAUUUUCAAAUACACCAUGCCCAGUUCCCCAGGAACAAUAUUUGGAGACACGGAUGAGAUGUGAAACUGCUCAACAACCAUCUUGCUUAUCCGGGCUCAUUCAAUUCGAUAGCAGGUGCUACAGUAUGACAAUUGAGACGAACGAGAAGAAGCAGAGAACGAUGGAAGAUGCUCAGACAUAUUGCUCACAGAGUGGUGGAUCUAUAAUAACCUCACCUCCAGACGCAUUGCUCCAACAAAUUGUACAAAAAGUGAAUGCAGAGACGAAGAAAACCGUGAAUUUUUGGAUUGGAACUCCCAAUAACUGCCAGCUCCUAAUGGUCACCGGCUCCUCAACAUCCUACUCCCAGUGCCCAUCAUCUCCAUCUUCAACAGCCAACGUCAUCUGCUCCACGGUUCCCCAGUCAACUGCAUCUGUGUCAGCACGUCCUACACAAUCGGCUCCAGUUGAUCCUGUAUCUCAAACUAUGGCUCGGAGAGAGGUCUACACCGGGGUUCAGCCUCCAAGUGUUCCGGAUUCAAUCAACAAGCCAAGAUAUUGCAAGAAGGAGAAAAAAGAUGGAAUCACAUACGAACAAACCCGUGCAUGUAUGCUACACGAACAACCUUGCCCGGAUCCUCAGAAUGUCGAAGGUACAGUAACCCGUUACUGUAACUGUCAGACUGCAAAAUGGGAGACACCGGAUACAACUAACUGUACACAUCGAUGGGUGGCUGAAAUGGAAACUGCAAUCAAAGAUAAUCAGCCUGUUGAGGAUAUUAGUUCUACGGUUAAUAGGCAGUUGAAAUCAACAAUCGAGCGUACACUUUUCGGAGGUGACAUCACAGGAACCGUCCGCCUGAGCAAUGACAUGCUCAGCCUUGCUCGAAACCAAUUCAGUGUCCUAAAUGACCGUAAUCUCCGUGAGAAUAAAGCAAGAAACUUCACAGAGAACCUCGGUGGAUCCGGUGAUCAACUUCUUUCUCCAGUUGCUGCAACAGUUUGGGAUCAACUUUCGAGUACGAUAAGAAUACAGCACGCGUCGAAAUUAAUGAGUGUUCUUGAGCAAUCUGUGUUGUUACUUGGAGAUUAUAUGACAGAUCAGAAGUUGAAUUUGCAAUAUAUCAAUUGGGCCAUGGAAGUCGAGCGUUCUGAGCCGGAAGUUCAAACUUUUGGUGCAGCUGCUUCCCCAAAUGUUCAAGAUGACAUGGGAAUGAUGAGAGUAAUGGCUGCAGCUCCACCUGCUCCACAACCAGAAACCAAUACCACCAUCAUGUUCCCAUCCCUUAAAUUAUCUCCAACAAUAACUCUACCAUCAGCUUCACUUCUAAGCUCCCUUGCUUCUCCAACUCCAGUUGCAGGUGGUGGUCCAAGUAUUCUAUCCUCAUUCCAAGAUGACACUCCAGUUGGAAUGGCUUCUACUCCCAAUUUAAAUAGGAAUCCUGUUAAACUGGGAUAUUACGCGUUUGCCGGAUUCGGACAACUCUUGAAUAAUAACAAUGAUCACACAUUAAUCAAUAGUCAAGUGAUUGGGGCAUCAAUUCAGAAUGCAACUCAAAGUGUUACACUUCCAGUUGAUCAUCCAGUUACUUUCACAUUUCAACAUCUCACGACAAAAGGAGUUUCUAAUCCGAGAUGUGUUUAUUGGGAUUUGAUGGAAAGCAAAUGGUCAACACUAGGGUGCACACUUAUCGCGACAUCUUCAAACUCUUCACAAUGUUCAUGUACUCAUUUGACAAGUUUUGCAAUUCUCAUGGACAUAUCCGGUCAAGUUGGACGACUCUCCGGUGGACUUGCAUCGGCUCUUGACGUCGUUUCAACAAUUGGAUGUGCAAUUUCAAUAGUGUGUCUUGCAUUGAGUGUAUGUGUAUUCACAUUCUUCCGAAAUCUUCAAAAUGUUCGAAAUUCGAUUCAUCGAAAUCUUUGCCUGUGUCUUCUGAUUGCCGAGUUGGUUUUUGUGAUAGGCAUGGACAGAACUGGAAAUCGUACCGGCUGCGGAGUUGUUGCAAUUCUCCUGCACUAUUUCUUCCUCUCCUCGUUCUGUUGGAUGCUUCUAGAAGGAUAUCAAUUGUACAUGAUGCUUAUUCAAGUAUUCGAACCAAAUCGUACAAGAAUCUUCCUUUAUUAUCUAUUUUGUUAUGGAACUCCGGCUGUUGUCGUGGCAAUAUCUGCUGGAAUUAAAUGGGAAGAUUAUGGAACUGAUUCUUACUGCUGGAUCGACACCUCCACCCCGACGAUCUGGGCAUUUGUGGCUCCAAUUAUUGUCAUCAUCGCUGCCAAUAUCAUAUUCCUACUCAUCGCCCUAAAAGUCGUUUUAUCAGUUCAAAGUAGAGAUCGUACAAAGUGGGGAAGAAUCAUCGGAUGGUUGAAAGGGUCUGCCACGUUGCUGUGUCUUCUUGGAAUCACAUGGAUCUUCGGAUUCCUCACAGCAGUAAAAGGUGGUACUGGAACCGCUUUUGCCUGGAUCUUCACGAUUUUGAAUUGCACCCAAGGAAUUUUCAUUUUCGUGCUCCACGUUGUGCUCAACGAGAAGGUUCGAGCAUCCAUUGUAAGAUGGCUGAGAACUGGAAUUUGCUGCCUCCCGGAGACAAGCAGUGCUGCAUACAACAGCAGAAGCUUCUUGAGCAGUCGGCAGAGAAUUCUGAAUAUGAUAAAAGUAAACGGACAUAGUUAUCCAAGUACAGCAAGUACAGAUGACAAAGAGAAACAGUUGACUCCGAUUACAAAGACAACGGAUUGGUUGAGCAGGUUGCCAAAUCAGGACUCGGUUUCGAUUCCGGAGAGCAAUUUUAACAAUUUGAAUGGGACCCUGGAGAACUCAAAUCUCAAUAGCGCAGAAAUCAAGGAAGAAGACGAAAUUCCAGAACUCCGUCGACGAGUCACAGUUGACCUGAAUCCAAUGAUAGUGAGCAACAACGAAAUCGAGCGAAUGAGCCAUGCCUCUUCGGAUCCUAGAGGAUCCCAGAUCAUCGAAGUAACGGCGGUGGAGAAGAAAGCGCCAGUAAAGAGAAUCAAGUUCCCACUGGGCGCGAAACAAAGUGAACGGGGAUCUCAGCACAGGACAAAGGCGAAAGUAAUAGCACCUCCAGAGUCACCGGUUUCGGAAUCUGGAUCCAAGGAUUAUCGAUUUUAAGUUACCGAAGUUAUUCUAAAGCUCCUCGCCUGCCUUCCUUGUGCCUACCCACUUUCACAAACCCCCGAAAAAAAAUUUUCAGAGUGCCCGACAUUUUCUGGGCUCACAUUUUCUCUGGAAACCCUUGGCAUGCCGAGUUCAGAGACCCAUGACUUUAAUGACUUUGUUUUCUUGAGUACUGUAAAUUUAAUUACUUAUUGCCGACGCAAAACGAUCUAUAAAACAUCCCCCCCCCCCCAUAAAAUUCUGGGGGUGUAUAUGGUGCUUCUCCCCAUCUCUCACUCACUCACUUCUACCGGUCACUGUUUUCAUAAAUUAUUGUUAUUUCUUCAAUGAAUUGGUUUACAUUUUC